AUGGCCAAUCCACUGGUUUCAAAUAAAUGUCUCUUUCUGAUCUCUCUCUUCUCCAUGUCCCUCUUUCUUGAUCAUUAUAUAAUAACUUGCAUUAUAGCAUCAGAAGAUCAGUAUCCACAAUCCCAAGAAUCUGACAGAGUAAUAAAACUACCAGGCCAGCCUCCUAGCCCACCAAUCUCCCAGUUCUCAGGUCACAUCAAUGUUGAUCCAGGAACUAGGAGGGCCCUCUUCUACUGGUUCUUUGAAGCUCAGUCUGAGUCGUCCAAGAUGCCUCUACUUCUCUGGCUUAAUGGAGGACCUGGAUGUUCCUCAGUUGGGUAUGGUGCAGCUGUGGAGUUGGGACCUCUUAGAGUUGACAAAAAUGGAGUUGGCCUUCACUUCAAUAAAUAUGCUUGGAAUAAAGAAGCCAACCUAUUAUUUGUGGAGUCACCGGUUGGAGUAGGGUUCUCUUACACCAACACAUCUUCUGAUCUCACCAAAGUACUGGAUGAUGGCUUUGUGGCUGAGGAUACCUACAACUUCUUGGUGAAUUGGCUGCAAAGAUUUCCACAGUUCCAAACCCAUGAUUUCUUCAUCGCAGGAGAGAGUUACGCAGGCCACUACGUUCCGCAACUCGCGGAGCUUGUGCAUGACCGGAACAGGGAUAGAACUAAAUACCCAAUGAUAAAUCUUAAAGGUUUUAUAGUGGGAAAUCCAGAAACUGAUGAUUACUAUGAUUCAAAGGGUUUACUAGAAUAUGCUUGGAGCCAUGCUGUCAUAUCAGACCAGCUCUAUGACAAGGCUAAAACAGUGUGUGAUUUUAAGAGCUUCAACUGGUCUAAUGAAUGUAACAGUGCCAUAGACCAAGUCUUUGAAAAAUAUGCAGAGAUUGACAUCUAUAACAUUUACGCCCCUUCGUGUCUCAUCAACAGCAAAUCUUCAUUGUCUCAUAGCAGCUGGCCGCCGGACAGCGUGAAUAAUCAUGGGUUGAGGAGGUCGAGAGCUUUUGGAGGCUAUGACCCAUGUUUUUCCACGUAUAUAGAAGAGUAUUUCAACAGGGCAGAUGUUCAAGCAUCCAUUCACGCAAACAAAGGAAGAAAUUCUAGUACAAAAUGGAUGGUCUGCAGUAAUUAUAUCCAUGGGACAUACAAUUUCACCGUCUUUUCUCUCCUAUCCACCUACACCAAACUCAUAAAGGGUGGCCUCAAGAUAUGGAUUUACAGUGGGGACACAGACGGCAGAGUGCCAGUCAUUGGGUCACGAUACUGGAUUGAGUCUCUUUCACUUCCCCUCAAAUCUCCUUGGCAUUCUUGGUAUCACAACCGUCAGGUUGGAGGGAGGAUAGUGGAGUAUGAAGGCAUAACAUUUGUGACAGUGAGAGGGGCAGGUCAUUUGGUACCUCUCAACAAGCCUAGUGAAGCUCUUUCCCUCAUUCACUCUUUCUUGACUGCUCAACCUCUCCCUAUCCAUACAUGA